AUGCGAAUAGAACUCGAAUUUAUUAGGAACAAAAUAAUAACCUAUGCUAAUAAGAAAAGGAUUAAGGGACUAACCUUCUCGGAGGGAGAUAUAGUCUACCUCCCUCGGCCUCCCGGCGAUCUAACUCCUCUAACUCAUCCAAAGAAUUUAACCCCCGAUGUACUAUCUCUAUACCCCGCUCAACGGGACUUUAUUUUCGAUAUACUAUUAAUUCUCAUUCUUAGCAGUGGUAGGGUUACAAAGCCAUGCGUUGACUACCUACUUCGAGACGAAAGGAGCGUCCUCACAGUCGCUUGUCGUACCCUCUCGACUGCGGAGAAUCUGGUCAAGGGACGACCCCGUGCCAAGGCCAUCGCCCUCGACGUCAAGUCGCCCGACCUCGACCACUGCAUUGUCGAACACGACGUCGUAAUCUCGCUCGUUCCGUUUAUAUACCAUGUACAUGUCAUAAUGUCGGCAAUCAAAUCCAAGACACACGUGAUUACUACGAGCUACGUGUCCCCUGCGAUGCGUGAACUUGACGACGCAGCACAAGAGGCGGGCGUCACGGUCUUGAACGAGGUUGGCGUUGACCCUGGUGUCGAUCACUUGUAUGCCAUCAAGACCAUUGGGGAAGUUCAUGAUAAAGGAGGAAAGGUCAAGGAGUUCUACUCUUUCUGCGGUGGGAUCCCCGCACCUGAAGCCGCCAACGACAACCCUCUCAGAUUCAACUUCUCCUGGUCUCCUCGUGGCGCACUGCUCUCCCAACACAACUGGGCAACCUUCCUUCGCGAUGGAGAGAUGGUUGGGAUCUCCAAUCAGGACCUGAUGAGCUUGGCUAAGCCGUACCACCUCUUGGACGAAUAUUCGUUUGUAGCCUAUCCAAACAGAAACUCGGUUCCCUUUUGUGAAGCCUAUGGUAUACCGGAGGCUCACACCGUGGUUCGGGGGUCUCUUCGAUACGAAGGCAACCCUGCCAUGGUCAAGGCCCUUAUUGACCUCGGAUGGAUCGACCCAGAAGAGAAGCCGUGGUUGGAGGAGGGGUUGACUUGGGCACAGAUUCAGCAAGGGGUAACCGGGGCUUGGUCACCUAACGAGAGUCAUCUUAUCGCCAAGGUCGACGAGUUUUGUACUUUUUCUUCCGCGAAGGAGCGACGCCAGAUCCUCUCUGGCCUUCGUUGGAUGGGUUUGUUUUCGAACGAGGUGGCGACAUUGCACGGCAGUCUUCUUGAUACUCUUUCUGCACAGCUGGAGAAGCUAUGCAGUUUUAGGCCGGCCGAGCGUGACUUGGUGAUGCUCCAACACGAGUUUGUCGUUGGAUGGAAGGAUGGCACUCAGAACACCAUCACGUCUACUCUAGAACUCUUGGGCGAUCCGAACGGAGACUCAGCCAUGUCCAAGUCGGUUGGAGCGAUGCGGAAUUGCUACGCAGCUCCUUGA